AGACAGGCGAUAAUGUUGCUCUAAUGCUCUAAUGCCCUCCUACUAUAAAGUAGUGUGCUCAAUGUCAAUCAGCUGAGGUAUAUGUGUGGGCUUUUACUUCAGAUGGCCCAACUACUUAGCAAACUUUGUAACGUUUUGAGCCCAACUAAUAUGCUUUAGAACUUAGAAGGGUGUUUAUGUCUUUUGACAUGCGGGUGGAUAAUGUGAGAACUGAGAGAAACAGAGUAAACCUUAUCGACUGAAAGAUUGAGUAGUAGAAGCAAAAAAAAUGGCGUCGAUUACAGCAUCUUCUACCUUUCACUCAUUCUCAACAACCAAAAGCCCUAACCUUUCUUCGACCCAUCUUCUUCCUCUAUCCAAAAACCUCACCUUUCGAACCAGACCCAUCGGAAACAGCAGAGUUUGCAGCUUUUCCGCGUUCACGAAACAGAGUCGCCUCGGGUUGAGGAAGGUCUUGGCACUUGGAGCAGGAGGAGGAGAAGAAGGCGUUGCAAUUGCAGAUGAAGAGCAACAACAACAACAACAACAGCAAGAGACUGUCUCUGUUCCUGUCUCUCCUUCAGACAUGCUCACCAUGUUUUUUCAGGCUGAUGGAACUUUGAAUGAAGCAGCUAUUCCUAAUGUGACUAAGGCCUUACAGGACAUAGAUGGAGUUUCCAACUUGAAGGUUCAAGUUUCUGAAGGUGUUGCGGUUGUUGAGCUUUCAAAGCAAACAACGGUUCAAGCAACAGGAGUGGCGUCAAGCUUGGUGGAGACUAUACAAGGAGCAGGGUUUAAGUUACAGACUUUGAAUCUGAGCUUUGAAGACGAAGAUGAGGUUCUUGUCUAAUAAUUGAAUAUAAUUGAAUCAUGUUUUUGACCAAAAUAAAUUGAAUCAUGUUUCUGUUCCAUUUUCUGAUUAAAGAAACUCUUUAGUGUUCAAUGUUAGGGUCACUUAUCUUUUUUUCAUAUGUUCCUCUCGCAAGAAGACAACGUAGUAGAUUACAAAAAGUGGAAAUUAAUAUUUUCGUUGCUUAA